AUGAACUUCGGGGUCGUCAACACCUACGACCUGGGAAAGUGCACCGGACCUUUCGACUGCGAGAACUUGCAGCACUACGGCCCGGUGGUUGGAUGCGAAACCUGGGAUCCGGACCAGGACAACAACUUCCCUCAUGGACAGUGGGUGGGCAAGAAUCUCUACCCCAAUGCGUCUUGGUAUAGCCUUCCGGGAAAGUGCAGCUCAAAAAAGUUCUGGGAUCAGCAGGGCGAGUGCACGCAGACGGAGCCCGGUGGAGCGUGUCCGCUUGGCAUCGUCCCCACAGGCUCACAUUCCUGCACCUACACCUACCAGAAAGUGGGCGAGCUCCGCAUCAGCGAGAUUGAAAACAUCAGCAGCUUCGAGCACCUGAUCGAAGGCGGCGGUCGCGAAUAUGACCGAGCAACCGACAAAGGUGUUCACGUUCACUUUUGGGAUGGCAUUGACGACGUGGACAAGUGCCAGAGGCGGAUUGACGCGGUGAAUUUGCUGUUCCAGCGGAAAUACCCCGAGCAGCCGAUUCUGACGGAUCCAGCAUGCGACUUCUCUUUGCGCAAGUUCUAUCCCUAUUGGCCGAUCGGAUCUUUCCACACCACCACCCCGGCACCGGGAAACUCCUCCAACAGCUCCGAAAACGCUUCCGAGAGCUCCACCAAAGAGGAAACUGAGUGA